ACAGCCAUGAGUGAACCACAGUGCUACUACAAUGAAACCAUUGCCUUCUUUUAUAACCGGAGUGGAAAAUAUCUAGCCACUGAAUGGAACACUGUCAGCAAGCUCGUAAUGGGCUUGGGGAUUACCGUCUGCAUCUUCAUCAUGCUAGCCAACCUCUUGGUUAUGGUGGCUAUUUAUGUCAACCGCCGAUUCCACUUUCCUAUUUAUUACUUAAUGGCCAACUUAGCCGCCGCAGACUUUUUUGCAGGGCUGGCCUACUUUUACUUAAUGUUCAACACGGGACCUAAUACUAGAAGACUGACUGUAAGCACCUGGCUUCUCCGUCAGGGUCUCAUUGACACUAGCCUGACAGCCUCUGUGGCCAAUCUGCUGGCCAUCGCCAUCGAGCGGCACAUUACAGUCUUUCGCAUGCAGCUACAUACUCGGAUGAGCAACCGGCGAGUGGUGGUGGUAAUUGUUGUUAUCUGGACUAUGGCCAUCGUAAUGGGUGCCAUACCAAGUGUCGGAUGGAACUGUAUUUGUGAUAUCACUCACUGCUCCAACAUGGCACCGCUCUAUAGUGACUCCUACCUGGUCUUCUGGGCUAUUUUCAACCUGGUCACUUUUGUGGUCAUGGUGGUCUUAUACGCUCAUAUCUUUGGGUAUGUCCGCCAAAGGACUAUGAGAAUGUCCAGACACAGUUCUGGACCUCGCAGGAAUCGGGACACCAUGAUGAGCCUCCUGAAGACUGUGGUCAUUGUGCUUGGUGCUUUCAUAAUCUGCUGGACCCCAGGACUAGUCUUGCUUCUCCUUGAUGUGUGCUGCCCACAGUGCAACGUCUUGGCCUAUGAGAAGUUCUUCCUUCUCCUGGCAGAGUUCAACUCCGCCAUGAACCCCAUCAUCUACUCCUACCGGGACAAGGAGAUGAGCGCGACCUUCAAGCAGAUCCUCUGCUGCCAGCGCAGCGAGAGCGCCAACGGCCCCACCGAAGGCUCUGACCGCUCGGCCUCCUCGCUCAACCACACCAUCCUGGCCGGCGUCCACAGCAACGACCACUCGGUGGUGUAAAGGCCCCGCCGGCCGCCCCACCGACGGAGCUGCCGCAGGGAGGUAACCCACUCACAAGAUUUUCUCAAACACUAAUGGACCUCAAGCGCUUCUUUUCCAGAGAGCCCAGUGCGGCGCUGUGCCGGCAUCGCUGUUCGGCGAGGCCUCUGCCUUCUGCUUGCAGAAGGUGGAAAAGCAGAGACCUUGCAGCAGAGCUGGCCCCUGGGGAGCCUCGCUGAGACUUCGUCGGCCCUUGCAGCGCCUUGGUGCCAAUCUGAAUAAACUGAUUAAUUAAGCUUAUACCUGCUUCACUGCAUUUACAUGUAGCCACUUAGUCUUUUUAAAAAGGGAGUAAAGGGGAUAAAAGUAUGCCUUUCAUUUAAUAGACAUGUAAUAUUUAUCACCAUCAGCAUGCUUUUGAUGAACAUUUUCUGUGCAGGGAGUAAAACUGUGCUGUAGUCUUCGUAUCCUUAGCCACACUGCCAUAACUACAGUAAGAGCAAAAGUAUUUUUUCUAAUACAGGCAACGGGAAGAUGAUGGGAACUGACUCUCCUUACCUUCGUUACUGGUGUUAGAAAGCAUGCAUGUUCUGUGUGUAUGCGCAUUGUUCUAAUUAUGGGGGAAACAAGCGUUGUAAAGUCUGCAGGAAAGUAGAAAAGCGUAGACUGUAUUCCAGUGUUUGUUUAGAUUAUGAAAUAAACAGUACUCUAGUCACAAGGUAUUUAAUGUUCUUCUUUGAAGUGUGGUAUGAAAUGUGUAACGUGUGAGGGGUCCCAAGUUUUUCAGGGUCAAGUUCUUAUAGGCAGGACACAUCUCUAGGACUACAGUCAUGUUGGUAAGCCUGAAAAAAAAAUGGAUUUUUUUUUGCUGAUUGAAUGCUUUUCUUGCUUAUGAUGAAAGGGAGUGAGAUUUUUGACACGAGAAAAAGCACACUGUUUAAGAAGAUACUUGUAAUGAGAAACGAAACAACUUCUGUGUCUUGCACUGAGAAAUGUUUAUGGGGUAUCUUUUAGUUUACUUACCUUGCAUUUUAAAAGCAGUGGGCUAUUAGAAACCAAGGUACAGUUAUACUUUGUAAAGUCAAAACCAAAUAUUUAGUAGCCUAUUGCAAAUGACUGAACUUUUCUAUCUAUAAUAGCCACACUUGCACAUUGUUAUGAAAAGCUGAGCUAACAGAUGUAUUUUUUUUGUAUGUGGAUGUUUCAAAGAGAAAUGCCACUAACAUGAAUGCCACUUCCCAAGAAUCAAAGAUGUUAGUCAAAAUUCCUUGACAGAAAUAAACUGAAGCAAAGAUGGGACUUUGCAGAUAAAGAACUUGGGACCCUUCCCUGAGAAAUUAUAUUCUUCUAACAAUGUAAAAUAUAUCAACGGUAAAUUCUUAGCACUGUUUUCCUUAUAGAAAUAUGCCUCUAUAGCCAAAA